GACGUUGUACCUCGAAACCCAUGAGUAUCUACCUGGUGUCACCGAUGGAUAUGGCCUCCGUGUUAAUCUGCACGCCCCGAACACCGUACCCUUUCCAGAGGAAACUGGCUUCUUCGUUCCAGGAGGCCAGGAAAGCAGCAUUGCUCUCAAACAGACGAAGAUUACCAGAAUUGAUGCACCAUACGGAACAUGCGCCACAGAUGACGAGUUCAAAACUUUAUAUAACAAGGGCUACAACCGACAGUCAUGUCUGUACCUGUGUAAAACGACACUAACGCUACAGACAUGUGGCUGUUAUGAUCCAUUGAAUGCAGAGGUCCUAAUUACUGGAGGCAGUUCCAAAAAGGAAUGUACAUCGCAAGCAGAAUUAAUAUGCAUGAUAAAAACCGCUAUUCAGCUUACGAAAAAGAUCUUGACCUGUGAUUGUCCAAAUCCCUGCACAGAGAAUUCUUACUAUCAAGCACUGACCUCCCGACAAUGGCCGACCAACGAUUAUGCAGCCCUGCUGAUGAGGAAGUCCGUGUGUGAUCGCUUUCCGCAAGAUGAUGACUGCGUAUACCUGACAUUUCAGUCGGAAGAGAGUCUCAGGAGAAACUUUGUAAAACUGUCCGUUUAUUAUGAGCAACUAAACUUCCAAUCAAUAACAGAGGAACCUGAUAUAGGGAAUGCCCAAUUUGCUUCGGACUUCGGCGGUGCUAUAGGACUGUGGAUUGGCCUGUCAGUCCUUAGCAUGUGUGAAAUAUUAUAUUUGUGUGGUAUGAUAGGGGGCCAUUUCAUGCGAUCGUCCGAACAAGAACAACCAAGAGAACACAGAAAACGGAACAGGAAACGUGCGUACCGAGACCUGGGAUUUUCCGUCUCGCCCAUCUAUAGUUCAUCGCUCCACUCAAGUUCACACAAAGACUGGUCACGGGAGCACCCUGAUUCUCCAAGCUACAACACAUCUCACCGUUCGGAGCCCUACUCUCCUGGCGGUUAUGUCCAAGGAAAGAGGAUUAACACAAGUAGAACCCGGAUGUUACGUGCCGUCUUAGAAGAACGAGAUUAUUAUGAUGGAGAGCACAGAAAACCACGUAAAAUGCCAUACGGAUAUGAUAUGAAUAACGGAUAUCCACAUCAGAGAUGGUGAAUAUAUGAACCACUUUCGGCUGCGAAAGUUUCAAAUAUGAAUUGUUUGAAAUAAAUUUGAAGCAAUUAUUUACUGAUACUGAUAUUUCAAAGACAGUUUCAACAGCUAUAAAAGGUGUGUUAUCAGCAGUAUUGAAAUAUCUAACCUUCGCAGAAUAACGAACAAAAACAGCUAGCAUGGCAAACGUUCUCUGAUGUCUUUUAGGGGAUGCUUAUUAGAUGACGGCUUAUGAUUGUAAGUAACAUAUAUUAUAUCUUGUUUCCACGAUCUCAACUUUCCGGUACUCCUCCGAGGAUAAAGACUUGACCUGCUAAAUACCAUCUUAUGGGGAUCUGUUAAUUUGUAUUGAUGGUCUAUGUACAGAUAUUGAUUUUACAGCAUUUGAUACAGCGCCCUAGAUAGCUAACAUAAGCCACUCUAAAGUGCUUUACAGUACGUAUAUAUAAAAUUAAAACAAUAAACAUAUACAUUAA